CACCCGCGCACCACCGCGGCCCGGCCGCCGCAGCAGCGCGUCCCCUCCCGGCGGCGGUUCCGGGGCCGGGCCCGGGGCGGUGCCGCCGCCGCAGGUGCCUCCCCCCGCGGUCACGGCGGGGCUGUCGCCGCCGCUGCCACGUCAGGGGAGUGUCCCGAGGCCAGGCGGGCUGGGCCGGGUCUGCCUUCCUCCUCCGCCCCCUACCCCCGCUGCCGGAGCCCGCGGAGGGAGCGAGCGGUACCCGCUGCCAUGGAGGCCCGGUACAACCUCAGGAGCCCGGCUGUCAAACGUUUGAUGAAAGAGGCUGCAGAACUGAAGGAUCCUACAGAUCAUUAUCAUGCACAGCCUUUGGAGGAUAACCUUUUUGAAUGGCAUUUCACUGUUAGAGGCCCUCCAGAUUCAGAUUUUGAUGGAGGGAUUUAUCAUGGGCGAAUAGUGCUACCACCUGAAUAUCCCAUGAAACCACCCAGCAUUAUUUUGCUGACGGCAAAUGGCAGGUUUGAAGUGGGGAAGAAAAUUUGUUUAAGCAUCUCAGGGCAUCAUCCUGAAACAUGGCAGCCUUCAUGGAGUAUAAGAACAGCUUUACUAGCCAUCAUUGGAUUUAUGCCAACCAAAGGUGAAGGAGCAAUAGGAUCUCUGGAUUACACACCAGAAGAAAGAAGAACUCUUGCAAAGAAGUCACAAGACUUCUGUUGUGAAAUGUGUGGCACAUCUAUGAAGACAGCCCUCUUACCACUGACAUCUGGAAGCGUGUCAAGCCAGGCAGACAAGGAGGCUAAAGAACUUGCCAGACAAAUUAGCUUCAAGGCAGAGGUCAAUUCAUCCAGGAGGUCUGAUGCUGGACCCUCGAACACAUCAGGACUGAAUCACUCUGCUGCUUCACGUGAGCCCCAGCAGGAUGGUGCAGCAUUCCCAGUUCCAGCAAAUGCAACGUCUGAAACUCAGAGUAGCAGCACAGUGGCCGGGCAGGAGCGCAGUCCAGCUGUGUCCAGCACCAGCACCUCGAUGAGUCCUCGGCAGCGCCGUGCGCAGCAGCAGAGCCAGAGACGGGUCCCAACUUCAGCCGACUUCAACCGGGCACAGCAGCCGCGCGUCAACACCAACCACACGGGCUCCACUGUGCUCAUUGUGCUGCUGACCUUUGCGCUGGCAGCUCUCAUAUUCCGCAGAAUAUGCUUGGCUAACGAGUAUGUAUUUGAGUUAUAAGGUUGUUUGUCCUAACAGCAGUGACUUGAAUGUUUCACUGAACAUUCUGUAUUGGCUAAGACAUAAGAACUGUUUACAAAGGUUACUUUUUGUAUUUACGCUUAAAUCCUUAUGAAUGUUAAUGUACCUACAGAUACAUUACUUGUAAGAAAAACAAAGCUGGACAUGUAAACUAUGAGUUUUAAUUGAGUGCUCGCUAGAUACUUGGAGAAACAGUGCAGUGGAAUAGUGACAUUAAGGCAUGUGGUAUGGGUCUAAAUUUGAGUAAUUUAUAAACUAGAAACAGACGAUUUUUUAAAAAAUGGUUGAUUAAAUUUUUUAUGGGGCAUAAAUGCCCAUAUAAGUACCCCAUCUAAAUUGGUAUAAGAUUUGAUAUUGAAGAAGGAAUUAUAAAAUGAAACACUACUAGUGUUUGUGUCUGGUGAACUCUGAAUUUAGAGGGAAUACGGUUUUGUAACCACUUUUAUUUGCCAUGACACAUGUCCAGAGGAAAAGCACAUACAAAUUGGUUGUGAUGCUGCUUUGUGUGUGUGGAAGAGGGAAAGAAUUGUGGGAGGAAAGUAGGUAUCAGAAAACUACUUGCAUUAUUUUGAUUUUUAUUUUUCAGAAGAUUGGAUAAUCUUUUGAAAGAUUUGAAUGUCCUCUUCUAGUACUUUCAACUGUAUAUCUUGUUUUUAAAAUUUGAAGAUUAUGCAAAACAUGUCUAUUCUUGCAAGAGUUAUAAAUAUGUAAUAUAAUUAUUUACCAAGAGCUGUUGUCUUUUAAUUAUACCAGAAAUAUACAUAAUGUGUUGAACUGAAUGUUUCAUAUGUGGUUUUAUUUACUAAAGCAAAUUUAAACCUUAUUAUACUUAAAUUCUCAGAUAUAUAUGAACAUGCUUAAGAGAAGUAUUUAUUACAAUCCUGCUAGUAAUAAAGUUUCAAGCCAGUCUUCGAAUAUGUUUCAAGUA